CCUGUUUCCUGAGCAGGAAGAAGGUUGGUCGCAAAACAGUAAUGGUGGCUUGAUUUCGGUAAAUAAUCCGACUCUGUCAGCGAGUUUUUCCCCACUGUACGACCACCGAGAUGGCUGAGACUGGAAGCAGGCUGCGCAAGCAGCUGGAAUCGGCCAAUUUCGACCCGCAAAACUACGUGAAGCAGCUCUCUCAGCAGUCUGAUGGAGACAGAGACCUGCAGGAACAUCGGCAGAAGAUCCAGAGCCUGGCCGACGAGACAGCCCAGAACCUGAAGAAGAACGUCUACAAGAACUACAGGCAGUUCAUCGAGACUGCUAAAGAGAUCUCCUACUUGGAGAGUGAGAUGUACCAGCUGAGUCACAUUCUGACUGAGCAGAAGAGCAUUAUGGAGAGCAUCACCCAGGCCCUGCUGUCCACGGACAAAGACGAAACUGCCAAAGAAAUGCUCGCCGCCUUCCCCAAAGAGACGGAGGAGGUAAAACAGAGGACCCUGACCACGCUGCUCGAGAAGGUGGAAGGGUGCAAGAACAUCAUGGAAGCGCCUGGCAGGUAUCUGGUCUACAACGGCGACCUGUUCGAAUACGACGCUGACAACAUGUCUCAGAUCCAGAAGGUGCACGCCUUCCUCAUGAACGACUGCCUGCUGAUCGCCACAUGGCUGGCAAACAGACGUGGGACCGUAAAAUAUAAGUACAGCGCACUGUACGACCUGGAGAGCUUCGCCGUCGUCAAUGUGAAGGACAACCCUCCCAUGAAGGACAUGUUCAAGAUCCUCAUGUUCCCAGACAGCCGCAUCUUCCAAGCGGAGAACAGCAAGAUCAAGAAAGAGUGGCUGGAGAUCCUGGAGGAGACCAAGAAAAACAAGGUGGCGAAGGACAGGCACAAGAAGGAGGAGGAGGUCCCUACGUCGCCGGUCAGGCCGGAGGUCUCCACUAACCCCUUCGACGAGGACGAACCUUUAGAUUCAGAGGAGCUGGUGGACCUGAGUCCGGAGUGGAUCCAGGAGCUGCCCGAGGACCUCGACGUCUGCAUCGCUCAGCGAGACUUUGAGGGCGCUGUGGACCUCCUUGAUAAGCUGAACGAGUUCCUGAAGGACCAGCCGGUGACUCCGCGGGUCAAAGAGCUCAGAGGUAAAGUGGACGAGCGCGUCCGGCAGCUGACUGAGGUCUUGGUGUUUGAGCUUUCCCCUGACAGGUCGUUACGCGGGGGUCCCAAAGCGACCCGCCGGGCCGUCUCCCAGCUAAUCCGGCUGGGCCAGUCCACCAAGGCCUGCGAGCUGUUCCUGAGGAACCGUGCGGCUGCGGUGCACACGGCCAUCCGGCAGCUCCGCAUCGAAGGCGCCACACUGCUUUACAUCCAGAAGCUCUGCAACAUUUUCUUCACCAGCCUGCUGGAGACGGCCCGCGAGUUCGAGACCGACUUCGCAGGCAACACGGGCUGCUACUCGGCCUUUGUCGUGUGGUCCCGCUCGGCCAUGAAGAUGUUUGUGGACGCCUUCAGCAAGCAGGUGUUCGACAGCAAGGAGAGCCUGUCAACAGCAGCCGAAUGCGUCAAAUUCGCCAGCGAGCACUGCCGGCAGCUCAGCGAGAUCGGCCUGGACCUCACCUUCAUCCUGCAGUCGCUGCUGGUCAAGGACAUCAAGGCCGCCCUUCAGAGCCAGAAGGACGUCAUCAUCGAGGCCACCAAGCACCGGAACUCAGAGGAGAUGUGGAGGAGGAUGAACCUGAUGACCCCCGAGGCUCUGACCAAGCUCAAGGACGAAAUGCGGAGCUGCGGCGUCAGCACCUUCGAACAGUACACCGGCGACGACUGCUGGGUCAACCUCAGCUACACUGUCGUGGCCUUCACCAAGCAGAUGAUGGCCUUUCUGGAGGAAGGCCUCAAACUCUACUUCCCCGAGCUGCACAUGGUGUUCCUCGAGAGCCUGAGGGAGAUCAUCCUGGUGGCCGUGCAGCACGUGGACUACAGCCUGCGCUGCGAGCAGGAGUCCGAAAAGAAGGCCUUCAUCCUGCAGAACGCCUCCUUCCUGCACGAGACCGUGCUUCCUGUGGUGGAGAGGAGGUUUGAGGAAGGUGUGGGCAAACCAGCCAAGCAGCUGCAGGACCUGAGGAAGAGCUCCCGGCCGGUCCGCGUCAACCCGGACAGCACCAUGUCUGUGGUGUAAUGGGGGAGGAUAGUUAAUCACUUGUACAAUUGCUUUAUUAACAGUGCUUUAUAGUGUUCCGUGUGGCCACUUAUCAAUGUAUUUGUAAUUCACAGCAUUAAAAUGAUUGAAGAAGUAAGA